CAGUGUUAAUUAACAUUUGGGUCAUAUUAAAAGCCACUACUUUUGGGAAGCGACCCAUGUGCUCAGGUGACACUGUCAGUGCUGUGGGUGUGAGACCCGAGCACAGAACAGAAGAUCAACAGGGGAAUUGGAGUCAGAUUUCCUCAAGGGAGAUUUGAAAUAAACAUACAAACCAUUGGGAAGACAACAGGUAUGAUGCUGUUUACAUGUAGUUUGUUGCUGUUAUAGUAUAAUCUGUAUCACUGAUAGUUACUGGUCAGAUGAAUAGAUUAUAUGUAGAUUAUAUGUUUUACAACAGAGGUUAUUGGGGAAUGAGAGAUGUAUCAGAGUACAAUUUCAAGAUGUAACAAGGCACAAUUAAUGUUCUGCUUAAUAGUGUUUUUGCUUUAUGACUCUUUAAAUGUCUGUGAUACUGGCCCAAACUCCUCCACAACAUUUUUGAAUUAUUACCGGUAGAAUGUAAUGUAUGUAACAAGAAGUUACUGGGUUAUAAUUGACGUCUUCCAGUAGAUGUCAACCCAAUACAGUCUUCCGAGGUAGCAAGCAACCUACCCCCUCUAGCAGUGUGUUUUAAUGAAAGCAGCCUGAAGUCAGUCCCUGUUCCCUAACAUCUGAUGUUGUGGUCAUGCAUACUGUAACCUAAGUUAUGGCCAGAUGACUGUCUGUUAGAGAGGACCCUGGCUGCCUGCCUGCCCGCCUCCUGUUCCAACUCCACUCCUAUCUGUCUAGCAGACGACGCGGCCGGCGAUUAGCUCGUUUCGCUAAUUCACGGUGAUAAUGCUGAAAAGAUUUUGGCAAACUGAAGAGUAGCAUCUCAUCUACACUUACGGUCUAGUGAAUGUAAGGGUUUGGUGAAACCGUAAUGUUCCCGUGUCUGGAUGCAGGACAGUCUCAGGCAGACAGCAGUGAUGGCAUCAUAUCAGGAGGAGUCUUUGAGGCGGAUGAGAAGACACAGUCAGAGCCUCCUCCAGGAUCUCUUCUAUAGUGGAGUUCAAGCUAGGGACAGAGACACACCUGUGAGUGCACAACUCUGAAGGAUGGACACGUAUUUCCUAGGGAUAAAAUGUUUCUUGAGGGAUCUUGACCUGACGUACACGUGAUCUAUCACGCUACAGAUACCAGCCAAAUAUGGAGGUGCUAAUAAAAGUGUAGCUGCGAGAGUCAUCAAUGGGAAAACCAACCUUCUUCUGUUGGAAAACCCUGACACUGUGGAAAUUUACAAGCUCAAUAAACCAGUGGUGCGACAGGGGCUAACAGGAAUCGGACAUGUCUAUCUCCCAGCCUUAACAGCCAAGAACAAGGCCUCCAGUCUAUCUUCAGUCAGAGGUUCUCUGACUUGUUUCUCCCCCCAUCUGUACGGGAAUCACAGAGGAUCCUUGGCCUCUGUAGGCUCUCAGAGAACAUCAGACUAUGACAAAAACCAACAGAGUAACCUCAAAGCUUUGAAGGAGGCCAAGAGGUCUAACGUUACUGUGACAAUGACAUACCUGGGGUCAACUGGUCACAUGCGGUCAGGGUCGGCAGUGCCACGGCAAGACGAGCUGAAAGUGCUACAGCAGGUCUGCGGGGGUGAAAAUAUGUCUGUCUUCAAGGGUAUGGUAAAACCAGGAGAGCAGUUCCAGUGGGUCUCCAAAAGGCACCGGGGUUACCCCUUUAGCUGCACCCUGUACUUGAACGGCCUCCUGGCUGCCAGGAUCAGCUCCUGCUGUGAGUACCGCUACGCCCCGGGCUUCCAGCAGGGCAGAAACAGCUGCUUCAGACUCAACUGGCUAGCGGGAGGGUUGCCCUGCUAUAGAUGUACAAGUCUCCGAAGAAAAUACAGCUCCUGCCAGCAACUGAACAAUGACACACAAGAGAACCUCAGUCUCCCACCAGACCAAAACCUUGGCAAUGAGAUGGUGGGGUCAUGUCCCUCCUCUCCUCUGUUCCUCCCAGUCAAGCCAAAGAAGGCUGUGAGGAGGAGAGCCAGGAAACACCUGAAGCAUGGGAGCACGGGCAGCAAAGCCACAGACAGUAGUGAAGACUCCGCUAGCACCAACAUGAAGGGGAACCACAAGCUAAUGAAGCCCAAACAGCGCAGGUGUCAGUCCAGUCCAAAAGAACACAGCAAGGUCCUUGCCAGCAAGAGGGAGUAUAUUGAGGCCCCGGACAAUCUCAGAGAAGUCAGCAUUGCCCCUGCUAAUGAGAAAGAAGACUGCGAGGGGUCAAUGGUCACAGGUGAGAGGUGGGACCUGUCCCAGUCUGCCACUCAACACAGAACUCAUAGGAUGAAGACCAGAAAUGUUAAGACGACCCCAGAAAAAGACAAUCUCAAUAACUCCAAAAAAUAUGAUCAUCAAGAAUUCAACAACUCAGCAAAAGUGUCUGAUUCAUUGCAGGAUGAGGAAGCUCUGAAUGAGGAGAAUGGGAAGAAAAAGAAGUAUCUAGGAACAAAUGGGAAAAGCAGAAAUGGGGAAAGACUGAAAGACUUCUAUAAAGAAUGUGUGGAAAUGAGUGCUGGGUUGGACAUGAGCCCAAACAAACAGAACUGGUUCAAGGCAAACAUCCUGGAGAGGCGGCGUCUGAAGAAGAAGCUGUCGUCUUGUUCUAACAUCUUGGGCUCAGAUGUGGAGCUCAGUGAGGAGAGUGACAGCACUCGGCACCCUGAAAGAGUGCUAAGGGACGAGGACAGAACUAAACUUAACAAUGCUCAACCACACGUCCUAACGACAGAACGAGAUCUACAUGUCCAGCUGGAAGCCAUGAUGCAGGUGCUGGACACAUCUGACGAGGUGGAGCAGCUUGUGCUGAGGAACACAGGCCUGACCGACGAGCUCCUACUGAGCCUGGCUGCGGCUCUAAAGAGGAGCCCCUCAGAGGUCACGCUCCUUAACCUCAACCUCAACCACCUUGGACCCAACGGGGCCCAUAUCCUUCUGGACCUUCUGGGGUCCGUGCCCCAAGUCAAAGGACUGCUCUUGUUCGGAAACCAUCUGGGAGACCCUGGAGUUCUGACACUACUUGCUGGACUCGCUCAGCUCCAGGAGAGAACCAUGAAAGACCUAACCACGCAACCGCGGAUCGAAGAGCCACAGGAUCACCGCCUGAAUCCGAUAACACCCUCAGUUGACAGUGUCCCUCUAAACACCAGGGGCGCUGCCUACCCCUUUUCACUGUUGGAGCUGGACCUAGGAGGGAACAGACUCACCAGCAAUGGCCUGAGAGGGCUAGCGUUUUAUAUGAGAAACCACUCCAGACUGCAGUACCUGGGGCUGGCCCAGACUGACGGUGCAGACCUAGAGGCUUGGCGGGAGUUCUUUGACAGUCUGAAGGGAAACACGACCCUCAGCCAUAUUAUACUGGAUGAGAGUAAUCUAGGAGACCAGGGAGCUAGGCUAUUUGCUGAAAUGCUAAGAGCCAAUCAGAGCCUGAGGCAGGUGGAUCUGGACCGGAAUGAGAUUGGCGAGGCAGGAGGUAGUGACAUCAUAGAGGCGCUGCUUUAUAGGCGGAGACAGUUUCCGCUGAAACACCUGAGUCUGGAGGGGAAUGGUAUCAGUGCCGUGUUGCUGGAGAGAAUACAACAGGAAGUGAUAUUUAAUUGAUACAAAUGUACAGAGUUGUUCAGAAAUUCUGGAUACUGAAAGGUCAGAGCCCAUAGCAAAAAAGAGGAACAGUCAAAAGAGAUGAUAUGUGACUACAGCAACAUUAUUGAUAUAGAUUUGUCGAACUGCAAAUCAGACUAUUCCUCUUUCACAAAUGACUUCUGACAGCUAUGUUGAAUCUUCUCAGUUGAAUCUCAGUCAGUGUAAAUUGCAGGUCAGUGGAAAAAAACUGGAAAAAAAACAUUUGAGACUCUUUGCCAACAGGCAUGGAGGUCCUUUCCCUUGACUUCUCGGGUGGCCCUAAUUUAAACUACCUUUGUAGAGCUCUCAGUCACAGACCUGACUUUCAGCUCAGCAGGUACGAGUGGUGUUGUGAUUAAACUAGGCCAGGUCUAUGGUGUGGAUGAGUCUUCAGAGCGAAGCCCCAUGAAGUAGGCCUUUCUUCAGAGCGUCUGUGGUGAGGCCAGGCAGAGACAUUCACCUUGUGUUAUUUUCCCCCCCCCGAUCCUAUGUAUGCACGGACACUGCCCUUCGGACCACACUCACUUCCUUGUUAGAGUUUGUUAUUCCCCAGAGUUUAGUAAUCCCCUGGAAUACUUUGAUGGGAUACAUUUCCAUCCCAGUGCAACCACGGUGACGCCAACAUGAAACAACACUAUUAAAUAGCACUUCCUGUUAGAGACUGGUGUCAAAAGCCAUCUCACUACAGUUCGAAGUCAGUAAUAAAGACAUUCAC